UGGCGCGCUCACCCCGGAAGCGCCAUUGGAUGCACCCGGAAGCGGCGGCGAUACCCGGAAGCGGCGGCAAGGCAGAAUGGACGACACGCUCUUCCAGCUGAAGUUCACAGCGAAGCAGCUGGAGAAGCUUGCCAAAAAAGCUGAGAAGGACUCCAAGGCGGAGCAGGCCAAAGUCAAGAAGGCCCUUCAGCAGAAGAAUGUGGAGUGUGCUCGUGUCUACGCGGAGAAUGCCAUCCGCAAGAAGAAUGAGGGGCUGAACUGGCUCCGCAUGGCUUCCCGAGUGGAUGCAGUGGCCUCCAAGGUGCAGACAGCAGUGACAAUGAAGGGGGUCACGAAAAACAUGGCUCAGGUGACCAAGGCUUUGGACAAAGCUCUGAGCUCCAUGGACCUGCAGAAGGUGUCUGCAGUGAUGGAUAAGUUCGAGCAGCAGGUUCAGAAUUUGGAUGUUCAUACAUCGGUCAUGGAGGACUCCAUGAGCUCUGCUACCACACUGACCACGCCACAGGAGCAGGUGGACAGCCUCAUCGUGCAGAUCGCAGAGGAGAAUGGUUUGGAGAUCAUGGACCAGCUCAACCAGCUCCCCGAGGGUGCUUCAGCAGUAGGGGAGAGCUCGAUGCGCUCCCAGGAAGACCAGCUGUCACGGAGGUUGGCUGCCUUGCGGAAUUAGAUCUCCUGUCACCCCUGCGGACUGCUGCCAUGCUGGUUGUAUGGUGUAUGGGGACGGAGGGACUCAGGACCCCUUCCCCUCUGCCUUUACCACGUCCUUGCUCUGACCUGCUGGCUGGGCAGGGCUGGCUCCUCCUGCAGCAGCGUGUCCCCAGCCCUGUCCGCCUCCCCGCAGACUCUUCUUUUGGGGUGCAGUAGUGACCAGAGCAGGCAGAGAUCCCGACAGGGGGUGUGGAGCCAAGGACAGCCCUUCUCUGGGCUUGACGAGUACUUUGCCCAUUCUUAUUUUAGGGUGUUUUUCAUUUGAGGGUUGCUGCUGGCUUUUCGCAGUGUCCCGUGAUGCAGUGUGAUUUAACACUAAAUGAAUCUUUCUGGAGGUGGGUCGCGGUGUCUGUGGGGUGCUGGCUGCCUGCCUCCUCCCUGUGUAGCCCAUUUCUGUUGUUACCUGGCUUUGGGCUUCUGCGCCGUGGGCAGCGCUUCAGUGGGGACCUACAGCGAGCGUCUGUCCCCACAGAGCAGAGUUACAGCAGGUCGGGGGGGAGGCUGUGGUGUUUCUGGGGGGUUUGUGCCUUGCAGGAAGCAGCACUCUUGCCCAGCCGUCCCUGCUCGGUCCGUAGCCAUAUGUGGGUGCUCUGCUUGCAGGCUUCUCCUUGCACAUUCACCUCGUCAUGGCAGGCCAACCCCCCGUGCUUCUCUUGACCACAAAGUGACCUUUGAAACUCUCCUCCUGCCCUGCACAAGCCUGUGUGUGCGAAUCCGUGCAUCCACCACCUCCCACCACUACGGUUUUGCAACGAGCUCUCUGUGCCAUGACUUCCCAUGUGCCCUGGUCCGUGCCCGGUGCCCUGCAGCUGGGUGAGGAUUGCAGCUGCUCCCAGCCUUGGUGACCGCAGGCUUAUCCCGGCCUUCUGCUGCUGGGUGGGCGUGCUGGUGUAAAUGCCAAACUGCCCUGAGUGUGCAUCCUGCAGCCCUGUGCUGUGCCCGGCCCCUGGCUCUCCCUGCUGCCUCUGUUAUCCCCACCUUGCUGCAUCCUGUGUGUGCCUGAGCUGCUGCCUGCAUUGGGCUGAGUGAGAGGGAACGCGGCUGCUCGGAGCCUUCCCCUGGGCUGAGGUUUUCAGUGCCCUUUUCCCAUGACUCCCGGACACUGCCAAGGCGCUGGGUGGAUGGGAAGCUUACAGGAGGGAAAUGAAGUUUCCUUUGUCUCUCACAAAGCGGAAUUCCAGGCUGCCAUCAGUGGGCUGCAGCUGCCUGGCCCUGCAUUGCUGGAGCCGAGCCGUGCAGCAUGCAGCCAGCCCUGCUGCAGAGGGGCAGCUCUGCUUCAUCGGCUGUAAUGGGAACUUUCAGUCGUGUACAGCUGCAGUGGGAGUGGGGCCAUGGCUGCUGCAGCGGCCGCGUGGUGAGAGGGCAGGCGGCUCCAUCCCUUCUCCGAUGCUGGCUCCCGGCGCCGGGGUCACGGACACCGCAGCGCUUGUAACAAAAACAAUUCUCACUGCUUUGAUUAUUUUUUUUCUGAGUUCAAUGGCCUUGGCAGCACGUGGCUAGUGACCGAGAGAGCCUUCUUCCCUCUUGCGCCGCGGUGGGGACGCGGGGUGGUAACGGGGAGGCCAUGGGAGGUGCCUGCACCAUGGAGCAGCACUGCCGCUGGCUCCUGGCCCUGCGUGGGCACCGUGUGUGGGGCUGGGGGCCGGGACGUGACCCGGAAAGACCCUGCCCCUGGAGUCGCUCCCUCUUCCCAUGUGAUUUUUCUCUGUGUCUCGAUCUGUGGUGGUAUUUUUUUAAAGCUUGUCUCGUUUGCCUUUUAUCUUCUCCAAAACCCUGUUGAUUACCGAAUGCUGUUUUGAAUAAACACUCUGAACAUCCA